AUGAGAAAUCUGGGUACGAUUUAUGCAUGGCAAAAGGAACAUGGCGGAGAAACCUCAGAGUUUGACGAGUUUGAUAACCCGUACCCAUUUGACCCGCGCAUUUACGUGAACGGUCAUUGUUUUGAAGUUGGUUAUCGUUAUUCACAAUUGAAAUAUUUGGGCGAUGGCGCGUUUGGUAAAGUUGUUUCUGCCUAUGAUUCAAUAACCGGUCGAUAUGUUGCGAUCAAAAAAAUUCAAUUACCAUCGGAAAAUCGGUUAUAUUGGACACGAACAUUGCGUGAAUUAUGUAUUCUACAUGCAGUAGAGCAUGAUAAUGCUGUUCGCCUAUUAAAUUGUUUCACAAACGCAAAAAGUGCCGAAAACAUGGAAGAUGUUUAUUUUGUAUUUAAUCUGAUGGAUAUGGAUUUACAUGAAAUAAUCAAACAACAUCGAAAAGAAGGCAAUACAUUAACGCCACAACAUGUUCAAUUCUUAAUGUAUCAACUUGUCAGAGGUGUCAAAUUUAUUCAUUCAGCAAAUAUAAUGCAUAGAGAUUUGAAACCCUCGAAUAUAUUUGUUACAAAACAAUGUGAUCUGAGAUUAGGCGAUUUUGGCCUCGCCAGAAUACCAGAAGCAGAUGAUGGACAAAUGACCGAAUACGUUGCAACGCGUUGGUAUCGAGCUCCGGAGUUGAUGCUUGCUGGUGGUCAUUACGACCGAAGUGCAGACAUGUGGAGUGUUGGAUGCAUAUUUGGCGAAUUACUACGUGGACAACCUCUAUUUCCCGGUACUCAUUAUGCAAAUCAAUUGGAUUUGAUAUUUCAAGGUAUCGGUUAUCCAAAAGAUCCACAACAAGAUCUGAAAUGGUUACCAGAAAAAGCGAAAAAUUACGUUAUUAAACGUUAUCAAAAAUGUAAAACAUCAUUGACUGAAACAUUUAAUUUCACAAAACCAGCAACAACAUCAGUCAAUAAAGCAACAACUUUAGAUGUUUUAGCUAUCGAUUUAUUGGAAAAAAUGUUACAAUUUACACCGUCGAAACGGAUAUCAGCAGAUGAUGCUAUUAGACAUCCAUACUUUGGCAUAUAUCGUGAUUUUGAAGACGAGCCCACAUCCACGCAUGAAUUCAAAUUAGAUCUCAAUCGUUUUUCGUUGUAUGAACUUAAAGAACUAUUAUUUAAGAAAGUCAGUCAUAUUGGCGACGAAUUAGGUCGCAGAUUGAUAAAUGGAGAUCCCGCUUUGAACAUGUGA